AUGGUUUCAGGAAUUGAUCAGUUACAUUUUGUUUCAGGUGUUGUGGGUGAGAGCUGUUUGAAUGUGACUUACACCAAGAGGAGUAUCUGUGCCUUGAAGGGGUCAACAGUGGACAUUACCUGCACGUAUAGACAUCCCAGCUGGCAUAACGUCACAGAAGUAUCCUGGUUCAACAAAUGGGAGACUGGAGUUACUACAGAUCUAAUCCAGGACCCAGAGUAUGCAGGUCGUGUGAAGUACCAUCCAACUACAGACAAGGGCUCCACCCUGAGAAUCACAGACCUGAGAGAGAGUGACUCUGCUGAAUAUAAGUUUAGAUUUACAACAACGGAGGUAAAAUGGGGAUACAGCUUCCCUGGAACAACUCUGAUUGUCACAGACCUGCAGGUGAAGGAGACUCCUGGCACAGAGGAAGGGAAGGUGACACUGACCUGUAUCACCACCUGUACUCUGACUGACAACCCCACCUACAUCUGGUACAAGAACGGACAACUUCUCACCAACCCAAACACCCAAGAUAACUUCCUCUACUUAGACCAAAUCAGUAGUGGGGACGCAGGCAGCUACUCCUGUGGUGUUGAAGGCUACGAGAAUCUCCGUUCUCCUGUUACGUUCUUUGGGGAGCCAAAGUCUUUGAAGAAUGCAGUUGUAGGAAUCAUAGUGGUUAUUCUAAUUCUCAUACUCUGUCUCUUUGGGUUUGUGUGGUUCAGGAAGAAGGCCUCCAAAUCCACCUCUGACACAAGAGACAGAAGAGACACAGUAGAGAACGGACAGAGAGACUCUAAUCCAGUGUAUGACAACAUCUCAGGCAUGACCAUGGCCCCUAUUGCAGCACAGAGAGCGAUCACAGAUGAGCAGGAUGACAUUACCUACGCCAGCAUCCAACACAGAAACCAGGAAGUGCCUCUGGACUCCACCGUCCCACCGUCUCACCCCCAGAAACAGGACGAGGAUUUCCAGUACGCUACUGUGAAAUUCAACAGCCCCAGUGCUGCUCAAUAGACAUUGGGAGGGAUUCAAUCCAAUCAUAGGUUAUAGACAUUGGGAGGGAUUCAAUCCAAUCAUAGGUUAUAGACAUUGGGAGGGAUUCAAUCCAAUCAUAGGUUAUAGACAUUGGGAGGGAUUCAAUCCAAUCAUAGGUUAUAGACAUUGGGAGGGAUUCAAUCCAAUCAUAGGUUAUAGACAUUGGGAGGGAUUCAAUCCAAUCAUAGGUUAUAGACAUUGGGAGGGAUUCAAUCCAAUCAUAGGUUAUAGACAUUGGGAGGGAUUCCAUCCAAUCAUAGGUUAUAGACAUUGGGAGGGAUUCAAUCCAAUCAUAGGUUAUAGACAUUGGGAGGGAUUCCAUCCAAUCAUAGGUUAUAGACAUUGGGAGGGAUUCAAUCCAAUCAUAGGUUAUAGACAUUGGGAGGGAUUCAAUCCAAUCAUAGGUUAUAGACAUUGGGAGGGAUUCAAUCCAAUCAUAGGUUAUAGACAUUGGGAGGGAUUCAAUCCAAUCAUAGGUUAUAGACAUUGGGAGGGAUUCAAUCCAAUCAUAGGUUAUAGACAUUGGGAGGGAUUCAAUCCAAUCAUAGGUUAUAGACAUUGGGAGGGAUUCAAUCCAAUCAUAGGUUAUAGACAUUGGGAGGGAUUCAAUCCAAUCAUAGGUUAUAGACAUUGGGAGGGAUUCAAUCCAAUCAUAGGUUAUAGACAUUGGGAGGGAUUCAAUCCAAUCAUAGGUUAUAGACAUUGGGAGGGAUUCAAUCCAAUCAUAGGUUAUAGACAUUGGGAGGGAUUCAAUCCAAUCAUAGGUUAUAGACAUUGGGAGGGAUUCCAUCCAAUCAUAGGUUAUAGACAUUGGGAGGGAUUCAAUCCAAUCAUAGGUUAUAGACAUUGGGAGGGAUUCAAUCCAAUCAUAGGUUAUAGACAUUGGGAGGGAUUCCAUCCAAUCAUAGGUUAUAGACAUUGGGAGGGAUUCAAUCCAAUCAUAGGUUAUAGACAUUGGGAGGGAUUCCAUCCAAUCAUAGGUUAUAGACAUUGGGAGGGAUUCAAUCCAAUCAUAGGUUAUAGACAUUGGGAGGGAUUCCAUCCAAUCAUAGGUUAUAGACAUUGGGAGGGAUUCAAUCCAAUCAUAGGUUAUAGACAUUGGGAGGGAUUCCAUCCAAUCAUAGGUUAUAGACAUUGGGAGGGAUUCAAUCCAAUCAUAGGUUAUAGACAUUGUGGCUUUUAAUGUAAUUAUUUUUUUUUAAAUGCUUUUGGAAAUUGCUAUAUAAUUCCUCAAUUCGAAUGUCUUUGAUUUCGGCUUGAACUAUCUAUUUAAAUUAAAGUACAGGCCUGUAAAUUAAACUGUUCAGUCCAUAUUCUACUGUUCUAUUAUGGUCAGAGGGGAUAAAAACGGUUAAUUUUUUACAGUAA